AUGACCCAGAAAGUUGUGAUCUACACUCAAAACAUCACUACCAUGCAGACCGCAGUGGCAGACGUCUUCGGCGAAAAGGAUACCGGCAUCACAAUAGACAACAGGGAAAUCGCUUCUCUCGCCCUUGGUCCCGAAGGUAGCGGCGUUACUAUCACAUUUGCAGAUGGAAGCUCGGCUCACGAGGCGUUCCUUGCGCACAAGCCGCCGACAAAGAUUAAUGGCCCGUUUGCAGAGCAGUUGGGUGUGGAGUUGUCGCCCGGCGGAGAUAUCAAGGUGACACCGCCAUAUGGAGCCACUAAUGUCAAGGGAGUUUAUGCAGCGGGGGAUUGCGCGACUCCGAUGAAGAAUGUCAUACAGGCGAUGCAUAUGGGGACAUUUGGAGCCGUGGGGAUGGCGUUUGACCUCCAGGCUGAGGGGCCCAAAAUGUAA